CGCCUCCCCACCGAACUGGAAGGUGGAGGCGCGGCGGGGCGGAGCGGCGGGCCCCGACCCCGUCGGGGUGGGGCGGAUCCCAUCCCGGCCGGUUGCCCCGGGCUGGGACAGAGGUCCAAGUCAACCCGGCCUUGUCGCGAUCGUGCUGCACUUCUGCGCCCUGAGGCCCGCGCUGGAAGCGGGCCUAACGUUCUUGCCUCGUCCGUCUUCGAGGCAGGUCCCGGGGUUUGCACGCGUCGCAGCCCCUCAGCGCCCGCCGCCUGGAGCCGCUGGCCUUGGUCGCAGCCUGGUAGGAUCUAUCGGCACCUUGAAGAUAAAGCAGAACUCUUCUUGGAAAUAGAUGGAAUUUUGUCACUUUCUGUGAACUAAAGCGAUUCAAUGUCUCUUUUGGAUUGUUUCUGUGCUUCACGAACUCGAGUCGAAUCUCUCAGACCUGAAAAACAGUCUGAAACCAGUGUCCAUCAAUACUUGGUCGAUGAGCCAGCAACUUCCUGGUCGCCUCCAUCUGCCAGAGCCAGUGAAGUGAUUCUCUCCACCAAUGCUUCUCACUACGAACUGCAAGUGGAAAUAGGAAGAGGAUUUGACAACCUGACCUCCGUUCACCUCGCACGACACACUCCUACGGGAACGCUGGUCACCGUAAAAAUCACCAACCUGGAGAACUGCACCGAAGAGCGACUGAGAGCUUUACAGAGAGCCGUGGUUCUGUCUCACUUUUUCCAACACCCCAACGUCACGACGUACUGGACAGUGUUCACCAUGGGCAGCUGGCUUUGGGUGGUUUCUCCAUUUAUGGCCUAUGGCUCGGCAAGUCAGCUCCUGAAGACCUACUUCCCGGAAGGGAUGAGCGAGGCCUUGAUACGGAACAUUCUCUUUGGAGCAGUGCGGGGGCUGAGCUACCUGCACCAGAGCGGCUGUAUCCACAGGAGUUUUAAAGCCAGCCAUAUCCUCAUUUCUGGUGAUGGCCUGGUGACCCUCUCUGGCCUGUCCCAUCUGCAUAGUUUGGUUAAGCACGGACAGAGGCAUAGGGCUGUGUUUGAUUUCCCACAGUUCAGCACGUCAGUGCAGCCGUGGCUGAGUCCAGAGCUACUGAGACAGGAUUUACAUGGAUAUAACGUGAAGUCAGAUAUUUACAGUGUUGGGAUCACAGCGUGUGAAUUAGCCAGUGGGCAGGUACCUUUCCAGGACAUGCACAGGACUCAGAUGCUGCUACAGAAACUGAAAGGCCCUCCGUAUAGCCCGCUGGACAUCAGGGGCUUUCCGCAGUCUGACUCCAGAAUGAGAAAUUCCCAGUCAGGGGUCGACUCCGGGAUUGGAGAGAGCGUGCUGGUCUCCACCGGAACUCACACGGUCAACAGUGACCGGCUCCACACGCCAGCCACGAAAACAUUCUCUCCGGCCUUCUUUAGCCUGGUGCAGCUGUGCUUACAGCAAGACCCCGAGAAAAGGCCAUCAGCAAGCAGUUUGUUGUCCCAUGUAUUCUUCAAGCAGAUGAAAGAAGAAAGCCAGGAUUCCAUCCUCUCGCUGCUGCCUCCUGCUUACAACAGGCCCUCGUUGGCGCUGCCGCCAGCGUCACCGUGGAGUGAGCUGGAGUGUGAGUUUCCCGACGACAGAGACCCAGACUGGGAAUUCUAGGGUCGCCACCUCACGUCCUCUAUACUUGACAGCUGCUCCUUGCUGCUUCUCUCCUGUCUUGUUGGGGGACAAUGCCAGAUCUAUACUUGAAAAUACCGUUGGUGCACUGGAGAGGCGCCCGCUCUGUUCACGCGCAUGCGCAUCACCUCUGCUCAGAUUGGAGCACCUUCGCGGUCCUUCACGCUGGCAACGUCAGAAUCAUAACCAGCUGCACUCAGUGUCAUCCGUUCCUUCCUCUCUCUAAGCUGUGACUGGAACUUUCUGGAUCUCAGUGUGAUUUUUGAGCCAGCUAGUUUUUUUCUACAUUUUGCUGUCCUCUGGAAUGAGCCCUUCCUCCAAGGACGGCGCUUCCAAGAGCAUCUUUUCUUCAGACGCUCUAGCCUUUUUUUUUUUUUUUUUUUGGAGAAGGGAAACUAUUUGUGCUGUCCCUGUUACAUAUGGUGACAUCAAACUGAGCCUGGCUCCCAUUAAAUAAUCCACGUGAAACAUGAAGAGAAGACGCCGUCUGCGUUUUAAAUGGGGGGCUAACGUGCCACUUUUCUACCUGCGUAAAUUAUAGAUCCCCAAUUCAUGCACCCUGUGGGAGCCCAAUAAAGAUUUAUUAAACCGAA